AUUUUAUCCUUUGCUGGAAAAAAAUAAAGGAAUUUUACCCCGAAUUCUAAGCAAUUGAAAAAACCAUAACGGGUAAUAAUAUUGUGAAACCUCUCACGUGUCUCUUCUCGUCAUAUUUUACAAAAUCAGUUUUGCUGAUACAGUUCUAAGAGCACAUUCGAAAUGCCUAAAGUAGUGUCAAGAAGUAUCGUCUGCUCAGACACAAAAGAUCAAGAAGAAUACAAUGAAACAAAACCAUUGCAUAUAUACUACUGUCUAUGUGGUCAAAUGUCGCUUAUUUUGGACUGUACCAUCGACAGACUACCUUUACGCCCUACUGACGGAGCCAGAGUUAUAGACGGAUCUAAGCACGCUCAUAAACUCACCUGCGAUCCAGAUGAAACUGUAUAUUUGAAACGAGAGAAGGGCAUAGAACGCCAAUACAGGCUUAAAUGUAAGAAAUGCGCAAUUGCCAUUUACUACAAAUUCGACCAAGAGAGUAACGUAGUCUUUAUUAUGAGAGGGGCAUUAGUACAGUCCGCAGGUGACGGUGCUGUAACAGAUAUUUACAAACAAGUGGCAUUGACGCAGCCGAAGAAAAUUAUGGUUACAAAACAUACGAAAAACAUGGGCAAGUUUAGUUCGGUGACUGUGUCCACAAUAGACGAAGAAGAGGAUGAAAUCGAAGCAAGGGAAGUUGCAGACUCGUAUGCUAAUAAUGCGAGGAUUAUUGAGAAACAAUUGGAGCGCAAAGGGAUGAACAAGAGGCAGGCGGAGACACCAGCACAAACACAAGAAAAGAGAGUUCGCGGCACUUUGAUUGAUAAAUAAAUAUGUCAUUUAUUGAUUUUAUAAUCUGGGGUUGGUGGCAGACUUAAGCACAAUAGUAAAAAAAAUAAACAAGUUGUUCUACAUUGUAUAUAACGAGAUAUGAAGGUUAAAAUGAUGCCACUUAUGUGAAUUUAAGUGGAAACAAAUGAAUUUGACUUAUGUGAUGUCUGUUGAUUUAAAUAAAUGUACGUUGGUUUUACUUAAACACUUUACUCUGCCGAUUCUAGAAUUGUUUGCUAUAUUUCGAGUCCUUGUAAAUAAAAUUAAAAGUAGCCUGCAUCUUUAGUACAGUUUUGUUUACUGAUUGCGAAUUCAAAAUAAAUAAAAGGUUUAAGAGUCCUUACUUUGUCAUUGUGUAGUUUCUAUUUAGAAUUGCGAAGAGGGUUGUACUUACAUUCUUUUUCAGGUGGGAUAGUUUAUUGCUUGGUUGCCUGUACUUUUUUCUUAACGAUAGAAAUACUCUACAGUACAGAAGAUCACUAAUAG